AUGCUCUGGACUGGAUCCUCGAGAUGGGGCCUUGGCUUCGCUGGCUGGCUCAGUGCUUGUGACAGCAGUAAUGAAUGGAGGUACAAUUGGCAGGCGUCAGGCCUUGCUGAAGAGAAGAGGCCAGACUCGUACUGGCAAACCAUGGCGGACUAUGGAGGCGAUGUGGACUUGGACAUGGAGGAUUGGUUUAAACAGCCUGAUGGGGCUUGGGCAGCUGGGGAAGGCGGCCAGAACCUCGUCACCAAUGAGCCGAUUCUCUUCAAGGACAUACAGAUCCCAGUGGGCGUGGCGGCAGCGCGGAGCGGCCAGUUCCUUUACCUGAAGGAGACGAUCACCCGGGCGGACAUUGCGUUCGGCGACCAGUGCCUCGAGGCCGAUUACCUGAUUCACGAUAAGUACAACAUGUUGCUCUUCGGUCAGCUUCCGAGGGGCUGGUUUGAGGGAUGGACAGUUUUGACUGCUCUACUCCCCACUGUGUGUUUUAGCUUUGAUCCACUCAAAGCCCAGAGAAUAGGAGAAGCAUCCAACCCUGGCCCUCUUGAUGAGGAAACCAGAAAACAAAUCCAAGAGAUGGUGCAAAAUACGGUUACGCAGUCUUUGCAGAUCGCUUUGGCGAGCAUCGAUUGGACUGCGAUAGUUGCCAAAGCUUUGCCCCACCAGGGAGUUUCGGGACGAGAUGGUUCAGCAACGCUUGCAUCUGGACAAGACAAACGACCUGCUGACAACGACGCUCCUUCACAGGCCAAAUCCAAGCGACGCAAGAAGAAACAGCAGGUUGAAACGACAGCUACGGGACAAACCCCUGCUGAACCUCCUGCUCGCCAAGUCUACGUCGCACCUGGCAAGGACAAAAACAAAGGCAAGGGGCAUGGCAAGGGUGCCACGCUUAGUGAGGCGCACAAGGCAUUUGAGCCUGAAGAAGGGUGGCAGGUCGUCGCACCACAGGGCGAGUUUCAACUUCGAGCUCAGGAUUGGUCAGGCCAACUGGUCAACUUUGAGUCCUUCGGCAAGUUUGUUGAUGACACCCCUACCGGUCGGUCGGUUGAAGCGGUUGUGUUUGCCAGUGCUGCUCAGAUCCAAUCCGUGCACUCCAUACUUCGAGGAGCCACGAAGCCUUAUAAGGUCACCACUGUCCAUCUCCCGGAGGAGGGCACUAAGACCGACACACAGAAGAUCCCCGGAAGGAUUGGCGACCGCCUAGUGUUUCGGCAAGCGCGUGUCGUGCAGUGUGUGUCCGAAGGCAACCUGGGGGCCGCUCCUCAUCCGAAGGGGAUAGGCAGCAAGGUUGUGAAAAUUAACCCUACCAAGAGCAUUGUUACCUUCAUUAAGGCCGCCAAGCGUUUCUGUGACAAGCAGUUGUGGACCGAUUUUGAGAAGAACCCGGCUCGGGCCGCCCUAACCUGGAUCGCCUCACAUCAUGUUCAGGCCUUAGACACUUUCGGGUGGGUGCGUGAGAAAUCUAGGGACGGCGAGUUUGAGACUUUCUUUGGUUUGGCAAGAAUCCCUGAAGAGGACUUAACUUCUUUAAUGGCUGUUUCGGGUCGCAAUGGGGUUUUCCUCUCGACGCCUCGUGGAAUAGGCCCGCCUUUUGCUGUUGAAUGGGUUGACAAGGCUCCUGGCGAUAAACCGCAAGCUUACUUAGAGAGAGUUGCAAACUUGUCCAGUAGUCUUGGGCUGAUCGUGUCCGGUGGCCGCCUUGGCUUCCGCAGACCCUUGGGAAACGGCGAGGCAACCCGUCGCGUGUGGCAGAUCACUGAUGUCCCAGCCUCAUGGGAUCAGCGAGCUGUUCAGCAGCUAUUGGCCGAGUCCUUUGAAGACCUCCAACUGCUCAGCCACCGCCGGCAGAAGCAGUGGGUACGACCUGUUCCCGAGGACCUCAAGUUGGUUGAGUGUCCUAAGGAUGGGAAUUGCAUGUUACAUGCUGUGCAGAAAGGUUUGGAAUUCCUUGGCGAACCACAGCCUGCCCACCCGCGAGUCAUCAGAGCCGAGCUUGUUACGCACAUGCUCAAGCAUGAACGAUACGAAAAAGAGUGGGAUGGUUUGGAUCCGCGCGGACAGAAGUCAGCCACGGAUUUCCAGCAAUAUAUGAGCAUGAUUGAAAAGAAUGGCGUGUUCCUCGGGGAGGCAGAACUCAUUGCCUUAGCCAGGAUCUACAACGUCAAAAUCGUAGUGUGGCCGCAGGGCGUUGACUUCUCGCCUAUUGCUGUGCAUUGCAAAGCUCCUCGCACCUUAGUGCUCUGGUACACAGAUAAGCACAUCGACCUGCUUGUUCCAAAGGAGGGAGCCAAAUACCCGGACACUUACGCUAAGGUUAGCGCCGGCCCGGUCCUAGGCCUUCGGGCUGGUGGUAGAAGUAGUCAAGCCUCUUCGUGCAACACACCUGUGCGCAGGCGAGCCCCUUCGGUCAUGUCUGAAGCCAGCUGCCAGACUGCCAGCGCUGCCAAGGCAAACCCGAAACGAGCCCCAAGUUCGUCAGCGGUUUCUUAUCCUCGCAAACGAGCUUCUUCUCGCAUUUCUGCCAGUCUUGACACUCGCUGCUCAAAACGACAAGCCUGCGACAAAAGCGCGAGCCAGAAGCCAAUCCUGCUGGACGUGGAUGGUGCCAACGCAGAGAUUUUGCCUGUAGGCGUGCCUGCUGCCUCCAUUUCCUGUUCAGUUGGUAAGUCGGGUUGUGGGUCUAGACGUGGUUUUGCAUCUUGCCCAGAGUCCACGAAAAGCGAUGCCACUCACCUCGUAGAGCAGGGAGCUGCUAUUGCCCCUGCGCCCAGGCAUAAACCCUUUCGAUGGCAGAAGCCUCUCAAAAUCACCAAGUCUGGUCUUUUCCGCUGCGAUUUGUGCUCAUUUACUGCCAAGGUUACGCCCACCAGCCUCCAUACUGUCAGGUGGAAGCAUAUGACCGGGUUCCACAAUGGUGCUGGACUGAAUCAGAGCCAGAAGCGAUCUUUUGAGUACCUUGAAAGCCUCCCUGGUGCUCAGCACCAUUACCACUGGAAGUGCCCCGAGUGCGACAUCGGUACGCGCAAGGCCUUCGGGAAGGCCCUCGCCCCUAGCACCGUGCGUGCUAUCUGUCGUAACCACCUCAAGCAAGCCCACCCUCACAUGCCCAAUGUGGAUUAUCAACGUGCACUAGGCAUCCAAUCCAGGUCCCAGACGAACCGUGUCAGAAAAGCCAAUGCGGCAAUUGCUGAGAAGUUUCGUGACCGCAUUGAGCUCAUAAAGAGGGGAAUGCAGCCUUUCACCUGGCCCAUCUUCCGCACAAGGAAGAAUAAGUCCAAGGCCGUCUCCAUGCAGCAGGACCUCUAUGAUAGCUACGUGACCUCUGAAAAGGAAGCCCGCAUCCUCCGUUGGAAAUGCAUGGUCCAAGACUCCCCGAACAAGCAAGUCGCUUGGCUUCGUCGACGUGCGGAUCUCGCUUUGGAACUCCAAGCCCGGCCCCUGCCUGUCACGGACGUCGCAACUGCCAUUCACCCGAUUUCUGUGCUGAAAGAGCACGGCCCCAAGUGGGAGAAAUUGUGGACGUAUCCUGAAGAUGACCCUGUCAGGCUGGAUGACAUCAAUGACAUCUUGAAGGAUGUACCGGCGUGCCCUACCUCUGAAAUCAUGCUUACCCUUGAGCCCCAGGACUUAGUUCGGCAAGCUAAGCACAUGUCUGGCAAGGCUCCGGGCCAUGAUAGCUGGAGCGCCGACGACCUUGCCCGCUUGCCUCUCAACUGGUGGGCUAAUUUAGCCCAAAUCUGGAACAGCAUUAUUGCUGGCGCUCCAGUACCUCUCACGUGGUCUCGCGCGCUCGUUGCUCUCAUCCCUAAAAAGGUGGUCAACACAAGACCGUUGGGCCUUUGCCCGAUCGUGUGGCGCAUCGGCGCACGUGCCAUCGUAGGCAAACUGAGGCCUUGGAUUCAUCAGUGGAUCACGCCGUUGGCCUUUGGAGGCGCCCCGGGCACCUCGUGCGCCGACGCGCACUUACGCAUCACUGCGGCGAUUUUAAAGGGCGCCAAAGAAUUUAUCCAACAGGACCUCAAAAACUUCUUUGAUCACCUUUCUUUACCCGCAGUCCUCCCUGUGUUAGCCCAUUUAGGAGCUCCUCAUGCCCUAACCCACGUCCUGAAAAGUUUCUAUCGCUGUCCAACCCGCCUCUUCAAAGUUGGGCGCUUUGUGGCUGGGGGUUGGGUCGGGGUCUCUCGGGGUUUCGUUCAGGGGUGCCCCUUUUCCCCAUUAGUCGCUCUAGCGGUCGGCCAUGCCUGGAGCCACCACUUUUGUCCCGCGAUGUCCGUGGUUUCAUUUUCGUUGACGACCGGCUUCUUUGGCCGCGUCCAGAAGCUUCGUGCCCUGUUGAAAGCACUGCAAUCGCUCUUGCGCCCUCCGACCAUUUUGAUAGCACUUUCAAAUUGCGUUGUGAGCGCGAUAAAUGUGCCUACGUCACUGUACCCGGACAGGGCCGACUGGGGGGCCUUGCUCAGACGUGGGUACCAAGAGCUUGCUCGUCUUGAUUUCUUAGGCAUUGCGUUGGAUGUCGAGGCCCUUGAAGGUAGACCACUCAAACUCAUCCUCGACAAGGUCCUUUUCCGUGUGAGGUUCCUCAAGUGUCUUCCUAUCUCCUUGCACCGCAAAGUCAUUCUCAUCCGCAGCAUGGCCUUUUCGUGCUUCACGUGGUGUGCCGGUGUGGCUAUGCCUGAGCCACAAAUUCUUCGGUCUAUCCAACACGAGAUCUCUGCUCUCUUCCGUGGCGCUUUCAAACAGGAAGUCCCUUUCUUCCUUAUGCACGAGAUCCUGGGCUGGGAGUCGUCCCCUCAGUUUGCCUGUGAUUUUGCAGCGUUGCAAGUAGCAAACCGAUUCGCCGUCAGACGGCCCUCUUGGUACGAUGACCUUCCACUUGAUGAGGCUUUCGUUACCUGGCCUGACGUCAUGCCUGUUGCUCGCGACGCUGUACAUCGCUUGGGGUGGUCCAUUCUGCCCGGGGGUAGCGGGAUCACGCGGUGCGACGCUAAUGGUGUGCGAGUUUUCAAGUUUGGAUUCUCUAACAUAAGCGUCCUGAAGUCGUGGCUAACCGCUGCUUUUCGUGACGCUGGCGUGUAUCAGUGUCGUCGUGUCCAACGGCGGGGUCAUCGUGACGAGGAGGCUUGUGCUCGUGGUCUGGACCUCCCUGCGCCCGCUACAGGCCACUCCUUCGACUUUGCUGCUCACCGGGCUGCUUUCUUCGGCUUGGGGACCUUGGCCCAAAAACGUGCCGCCGCUGCAUCGGGGGGUAGCUUUUGGUAUCAUAACCCUGUUAAGUGUCGUACUGUCACUCCAGAGGACCCUGCUGCUUCUUGUGCUUGUGGCAGCAAAUUCCCGUCACGCCCGCACCUCACUUGGACUUGCCCUGUCACUGCUUCUCUUAGACAGGGACUCCCGCCCCCAACCGACCGUGCCAGCGAGAGGCUUUUUGCUCCCCCUCUGAAGCCUUUCCCGCCUGCCCCUUCCGGUCUAAACGCGGAUGUUUUCCGUGACGAGGUUGCUGCUGACCUCUACAGCGCCCUAACAACCACUGACGAGAUCCUUGUUGCGACCGAUGGCUCCUCGUUCGAGGAUGUUGGCGGAUAUGCAAUCGUUAUCCGUGCGGGCACCGGAAUCCACUCUCACGCCUCUGGAAAUGAUGAUGAAGACCAAUCUGCUUUUCGUUCCGAGGCUUGUGCCCUCCAAGUGCUUGCCAGAGCUCUUGCUGCCAUUGUGGCCAAAGUUGCUGGCAAUGUCACUGUGCUGGUGGAUUGCCAGAGUGCUCUGCGCGCCAUCGAAAGUCCUUUGCGGAGUGCCCUUCCGCUUCUUUUUGAAGAAAUUGCCAAAAACUUCCUCGCCGCUAAGGAGUCUGGCCUCACCACUCGCUUUAUGUGGGUCCCUGCACACGACCGGCAUGACAAAUGGUCCCCAAAUUGGGGUUAUGAUGCCGCCUUGUGCAGGAACUUGAACAAGAUUGCCGAUGAACAGGCCGGUCUAGAUCUCUGCGCGCUGCCUGGCACAAGGAGCUUGCUACCGCCCGUGCUUGGUCUGCGAAGGCCAUUUGCAAUUCGGCUAAAGCAAGUGAGACCUAUAGGGAUUUCCUUCUAG